AUGUCUUUCUCCGGACGUCGCGUGAGCAUCUUGCGUCCUUCCAAUCGUCGCUUCUCGGCGGCAAAGGAAUUGUCCGAGAAUGAGCUCCGCUCCGAAACCCACCGUCAAUUCCGUUCCGCCCACGAAGGCCACCGCCCCCACGCCGGCCUCGACGCCUCGCGUGCCUCUACCGGCGUCGUCUGGUGUACCGAACGCGCCUCCGAACACGGCUACCUCGAGGACCCCACCGGCUGGGCCAAUCUCGGCCAGGGCGCCCCCGAAGCCGACGACGAGAUCGAGGGCAGCUUCCCCCGUCCGACCAGUAUCCCGAUCACUUCGGCCGCGCGCGAGUACGGCCCGACCGCCGGCAUCAAGCCGUUGCGCGCGGCGGUCGCCCGUCUUUACAAUGAGCACUAUCGGCAGGGGAAGACGAGCCAGUAUACGUGGGAGAAUGUCUGCAUUGUGCCUGGUGGGCGGGCGGGGUUGAUUCGUAUUGCUGCGAUCUUGGGCAAUUCGUAUCUGUCGUUUCCUAUUCCUGAUUAUUCGGCUUAUUCGGAGAUGUUGAGUUUGUUUAAGAAUAUCGCUCCUAUCCCUAUGCCCCUCGCCGAAGAAGACCACUAUCAUAUCCACCCCGACAAGAUCGCCGAGGAGAUCGCUCGUGGUACCUCUGUCAUUCUCACCUCCAACCCCCGUAACCCGACGGGUCACUUCGUCUCCCAUGAGGAGCUGGCGCGCAUCCAGGAUAUCUGUCGGGAUCGCGCAACGCUGAUUUUGGAUGAGUUCUACGGCGGAUACAACUACACGACGGACUGUGAUGGCUCGACGAUCAGCGGUGCGGCGAACGUGGAGGAUGUCAACAAGGAUGAUGUCCUUCUGAUCGACGGUCUCACCAAGCGCUUCCGUCUCCCCGGAUGGCGCAUCGCGUGGGUGGUCGGUCCCAAGGAGUUCAUCGACGCCCUGGGCUCAGCCGGCUCCUACCUCGACGGCGGCGCCAACGCCCCCUUCCAAGAGGCCGCCAUCCCCAUGAUGGAGCCCGAUCUGGUGCGAUCGGAGAUGAAAGCGCUGCAGCAGCACUUCCGCGUGAAGCGCGACUUCGUCCUGAAGCGUCUGCACGAGAUCGGCUUCCGCGUCAAGGACGUCCCCGAAGCGACCUUCUACAUCUGGCUCGACCUGACCUCGCUGGACCCGCCCCUGCCGCGCGAGGCCAACAUCUCCGACGGCCUGAACUUCUUCACGGCCCUCCUGACCGAGAAGGUCAUCGUCGUGCCUGGCAUCUUCUUCGAUCUGAACCCGGCUAAGCGACGUGACCUCUUCGACAGCCCGUGCCACCACUUUGUGCGUCUGAGCUAUGGGCCCAAGAUGGAUGUGCUGAAGCGCGGUCUCAAUGGCAUUGAGCGGGUGGUGCGCCGCGCGCGGGGGGAGUCGUUUGGGCCGCACUGGGAGGAUGAAGUUGCUGUCCAAAACCAUGCGCAGCAUGAAGCGUCGACGAUGUCCUGGAACCUGGAACGCGCGCUGAACUACACCGUCUUCGUCGUCCUGGCCGUGAUCCUCUUCUGCCUGGUGCUCCUGACCCCAUCAGACGCCAUCUACCAGUGCUACGUCACGCAGCGCCUGACAAACAUCUUCAUCAUAACCGGCGGCUACAUAGUGACCUUCCUCCUAACGGCGCUCAUCUACGCGACCCGCAUCUACACAAACCGCAACGUGCUGUCCGGCAUCCCGAAGGCAUGGAUCCCGAUUGAAAAAGAGGACGUCGGCAAGAGCGUCCGCCGUCUCGUCGUGGAAGGUCUCGCCCGCAGCGCUAUCAUCGCGUACCAGGCUCGUCCGCGCGAUCCAGCCGCUGACGCCGAAGUGGACGCCUUCGACGACUACCCGAUGCUGCAGAUCGACGCCGCCCGGCCGCCUUGGGGCGCCGUCGAACACCCGGGCUGGUCGGCGCCUCAUUCGCCCGAUCUGCCUGAUUUACCGUACCGCACUGUCGUGCAGGAACUCCCGCAUUUGAUCGAGGCGAAGGCCGUCUCGCUCGCCCCGCCUGAUCCGUUCUUCCUCGCGACUACCCGCCCCGGUCGUCCGUAUCCUCCAGGCCGAUCUCUCCACCCGUCUUCUGCCCACGGCAAUGACAACGACACAGAACAGUCCAUCCCAGAUACACGCGUCGUGGACGUCCUCCGCCGACCGGCGGCGAUGGGGCUCCGCGAGUACCUCCAGCGCCUGGCGCAGCUGGACGUGCUACACCCUGCGGAAAUCGGGGCCGAGUUUCUGGGUCUAUACGAGCGGGCGCGGUUCUCGGCGCACGCGCUGCACGAGGCGGAGUUCCGCUCGCUGAUGCAUGUCUUUGCGGAUUUGCUGCGGGGUAUGCGGCUCGCGGACCCGGCGGCUGUCGAGGGCGAGAUUUACGGAGGUGGUAGUUCGCACGUGGAUAGCGAGUCGCUGAUUGGUCCGUCUGACGAGGAGGGCGAGACGGAUGCGAUGGAGUAUAGGGGUGGAGGUGAGGCGUCGAGGCCGUCGGAUGCGUCGUCGGCGUGGGAUGAUGGACGCUCGGUUUAUGCGACGCCGGUUGAGAGGAGUAGUUCGCGGUGGGGUUCGCGGCAGGGUCAGAAUCAAUCUCAGGCUCCGGCUCAGGCUCAGGCUCAGGCCCAAAGGCUGCGGCCGCAGAGCUCGACGCAGUCGCUGCGACGGAUGCAGUCUGGGUCUAGCUCUGGGAGUGUGAUUCAUUUAGUGGAGACGCGGGAUGCGUCGGAACUGCCUUAUGCAUAUGGGUAG